AUGCCAAUCAUGAAAGGGCUUCUUGCCCCACAGAACACCUUCCUGGAUGCCAUCGCUAAGCGUUUUGACGGCACCCACAGCAACUUCCUGUUGGGAAAUGCACAGGGUUGCCGUGGAUACCCCAUCGUGUAUUGCUCCGAUGGCUUCUGCGAGCUCACGGGGUUCGGGCGAACAGAGGUCAUGCAGAAGACAUGCAAGUGUCACUUCCUGUACGGCCCAGAGACCAGCGAACGGGUCACCCAGCAGCUGGAGAAGAUCCUGGAGGGCCAGCGAGAGUACCAGACCGAAGUCCACUUCUACAGGAAGACCGGAAGCCCAUUCUGGUGUCUCUUGGACAUAGUGCCAAUAAAGAACGAGAAAGGAGAAGUAGUUCUCUUUCUGUUUUCCUUCAAGGACAUCAGUGACUCAUAUGGGAAGACUCACCACACUACCCAUAGAGAUGCAGGUAUAUCUGAGGACGAGUGUCAGAGUAUGAAGGCUGGCAGCUCGCCCCUCAGCCGGGCACGUGAACGUGGGAGGAGCGUUCUGUACCAGCUCACCAGCCAGUUCACCAGCAAGAACAAAGGGAAGCUGGCAAAUAAUGUGUUCCGCGGACCGUCCCUUCCAGAGUACAAGGUGGCUUCAGUGAAGAAAUCACGCUUUAUCCUGCUGCACUACAGCCUGAGCAAGGCAUUGUGGGACUGGCUGAUCCUCUUCGCCACCUUCUAUGUGGCUGUGACGGUUCCGUACAAUGUGUGCUUCUCAACGCCCGAAGACAGUGACCAUGGCAACAAUGACUGUGAUUCCACUUCCCGGAGCACUAUAGUCAGUGACAUUGCUGUGGAGUUGCUCUUCAUACUAGACAUUGUGCUGAACUUUCGCACCACCUAUGUGAGUCAGUCGGGUCAGGUGGUCUACGACGCCCGCUCCAUCUGCCUGCAUUACCUAGCCACCUGGUUCGUCCUGGACGUCAUCGCAGCCCUGCCGUUUGACCUGCUCUAUGCUCUCAACAUCACUGUUACAUCUUUGGUGCACCUGCUGAAGACGGUGCGUCUGCUGCGUUUGCUGCGGCUGCUGCAGAAGCUGGACCGCUACUCCCAGUACAGCUCCGUGGUGCUGACCCUGCUCAUGUGCGUCUUCGCCCUGCUGGCCCACUGGCUGGCCUGCGUCUGGUACGUCAUCGGCUACAAGCAGCUCGAGAGCAAUGACCCGCUCACCUGGGAUAUAGGCUGGCUGCAGGAGCUGGGGAAGCGUUUGGAGGCCCCGUACACUAACGGCACCACGGGGGGUCCGUCCAUGCAGAGCGCCUACAUCGCCUCGCUCUACUUCACCCUGAGCAGCCUGACCAGCGUGGGCUUCGGCAACGUGUGCGCCAACACGGACGCAGAGAAGGUCUUCUCCAUCUGCACCAUGCUGAUCGGGGCCCUGAUGCACGCGGUGGUGUUUGGGAACGUGACGGCCAUCAUCCAGCGCAUGUACUCGCGGCGCUCGCAGUACCACACGCGCAUGAAGGACCUGAAGGACUUCAUCAGGGUGCACCGGCUGCCCCAGCAGCUCAAGCAGCGCAUGCUCGAGUACUUCCAGGCCACCUGGUCCGUCAACAACGGAAUCAAUGCCAACGAGCUGCUGCACGACUUCCCGGAUGAGCUGCGUGCCGACAUCGCCAUGCACCUGAACAAGGACAUCCUGCAGCUGCCGCUCUUCUCCUCAGCCAGCAGGGGGUGCUUGCGCUCCCUCUCGCUCCACAUCAAGACGUCGUUCUGCGCCCCCGGAGAGUACCUCAUUCGCCACGGCGACGCGCUCCACGCCCAGCACUUCGUCUGCUCAGGGUCGCUGGAGGUCCUGAAGGACGGCAUGGUGCUUGCCAUAUUAGGUAAGGGAGACCUGAUCGGCGCAGACAUCCCCGGGCAGGAGCAGGUGAUCAAGACCAACGCAGACGUGAAGGCGCUGACCUACUGCGACCUGCAGUACAUCAGCAUCCGCGCGCUGCAGGAGGUGCUGGAGCUGUACCCGGAGUACGGCCACCGCUUCACCGCCGACAUCCACCACAACCUCACCUACAACCUGAGAGAGGGUAUGACGAGGUUCUCUCGCUCUCCUCGACUUUCACAGGUACCAAAGCUCCCCUUUAUCAUUAAGUCUGAGGAAGAGGAUGACCUCAUCAAGGACACUGGGUUCUCCUCCUCACCUGGCCGAUUGCCCCUGCACUCCAGUUUGGGCAGCCCCUGUCGACAGUCCUCCCUGACCACCAUGUUGGGGGAGGAGCUACGCCACAUGAACAUGCUCCGCCACUGCCGCUCGCCCACUCAGGGCUUCCGAGGUCGGAGUCCCUCCCCCCAGCCAGCCAAAGAGGAGCUGUCCCCCAACCACUCCACCAACAGCAGCUCAUGCCAGAGGCCAGCCAAACUGCUCAUCCCAUCCCUGACCUGUGUGAGCCCACUGGACCUGAGCCCCAGAGUUGUUGAUGGCAUUGAGGAUAAUGGGAGAGCUUUUCACUUCAAUGUGGAGCAAUCUGCAGGUUCUGCCAACACAGGAGUCAAAGACCCUUACCAGGUGAGCGCCAACCUGCUGCUGGAAACCGAGGAUGUCAGACAGAGUGUCAACCAAAUCAACAAAGAGAUAAGUCAUAUGAAUCAGGAGGUGUCCAAUUUGACUAAGGAGCUCCAUGAGAUGAUGCACUUUCUCCAGACUCACGUCACCCUGCCACACUUCCACUCGCCCCUGUCCUCCUUCCCUUCCUUCGGACUCCAAGUGGUGCCCACUCCCUCGGUGAGCAGCACCCUGGCUGCCACAGCUCCAGACUGGCAGCCCCGGAUGCCAGUGAACAUGCCCACUGGUCCCGCAUGUGUUCACCCAGACUCCUUGACCAGGGACAGCCUGGCCCACAGGGGUAUGUGGGGCUGUGGUGGAAACACUGCCCAGGUCAGGGCGUCCGUGGUGGGCCAGGAGGGAGAGACGGCUAGCCAGCAUCCACCCAACAGUCCGCAGUCCCCCUGUCCACACACCUCUUGCUGCUCGGACAGGGACCAGGCUGCGGGGCUUGGAGCGGACACCCAGCAGAGUCCCUUUCAGACCUCCAGGACAACGCCGAAUUCUCCCUAUCUGAGCCAGCAACAUGCCCAGCCAGCACCAACCCGACUGGGCCUCAGCCUCUGCAGCUCUGGGCUGAUGCAGCCAAUUAGCUUUGGCGGCUCAGUGGCAGCCCCAAGCCCUUCACACCCCAUUUACUCCCAUGGCAACCUCAGCCGGUCCCACCCAUCCCUUAGUUUACCAGUGACCCCUGAACUCUUGAGACCACACUCCGGAAUCCCUACCCCGAUCCACACCUCCCUUACACCGAUGGGGCAGUCUCAGCUCCAUACUGUCGUCAGCCCUCUGAUGCACACUGGGAUUUGUAGUCCUGGUUCUAGUCUCGAGCUGUUGCUGGGCCAUGGGCACCCAGCUGGAUCCAGACAAAACAACCUUGUGGGUUCUAGUCCAGUCCGCACGCCCCCAUCCUCCUCCACAGCAGAACCACCUACAUCAGAGAACAUUGAAACAUCUGGAAUGUAA